GAAGCGGCGGGGGGGGGGGAGGUGGUGGCGGCGGGCGGACAUGGGGGCGCGCGGGCUGGAGGCGGCGGUCGUGGAGCUGGCCUCCGGUGGGGACCGAGGGAGCGGCGCGGAGGCCGGCCGUCAGCCCGUGGUGAUCCUCCUGGGCUGGGCGGGCUGCCAGGACAGGUACCUGGCCAAGUACAGCGCAAUCUACAGCCAGAGGGGGUGCACCGUCAUCCGCUACACGGCUCCGUGGAGGAUGGUGUUCUUCUCCGAGAGCUUUGGCAUCAGAUCCCUCCGGACCCCAGCCAGGAGACUCCUGGAGCUGCUCUUUGACCACAGCAUUGACAACAGGCCGGUGCUGUUCCACGUCUUCAGCAACGGUGGCGUCAUGCUGUACCGCUACAUCAUUGAGGCGCUGCACACCCAACAGCCCUUUAAGAACCUCAGAGUCCUGGGCACCAUUUUUGACAGCGCCCCCGGCAGAAGAAACUUGAGAGGAAGCCUUCGUGCCUUGGCGACUGUCCUGGUAUCCAUGAACGCGCUGCUCAAGUAUUUCCUCGUCUUUGCUUUUGCUACCGCAGCUCUCGUGCUGCGGAUCCUGCUGUACCCCCUGACCCGAUUCGUCCACGAGAGCCAUUACGACGCCCUGCUGAAGGCGCCGUCGCGGUGGCCCGAGCUGUACCUCUAUUCCCAGGCGGAUGCCAUCAUCAGUGCCCGUGAGGUGAAGUGCAUGGCUGAUGCCCGGCAGCGGCUCGGUGUCUCCGUGAGAGCUGUGGACUUCUCAGAUUCGGCUCACGUCAGCCACAUGCGGGCGUAUCCCACCUACUACAGCAAUCUCUGUCUGACUUUCCUCUCUGACUGUGCCGGGGGCGCACCUCGUUAGUGUGAUGACCUCCUACGUUUGCCUCUGCUUUGCUCAAAUUAUACGGGAAAUGCCACCCCCUCUCCCUUUAUGUCUUUGAGGGGAGGAAAGUAUAGAGAUUUCUUAGGCACUUUUUUUUUUUUUUUUGGCUCCUGCUGCAAAGCUGAAAGCCUCCAUUCUGUCUUUGAGCCAGCCAUCUCACAGCUAAAAGUUGAUUUGGAGUAAUUUAAAGAACUGAAAGUGAAAUUCUAGCAUGGUGUGGUAGCUGAGGCAUCACAGACCAGAAUUUCACGAGGAUUGUUGCUUGUUUCUUCCUGUCUUGUGGUGUUCUCUGCUUUCUGUGUGUCCUUCUCCCAAUGUACACGUUCUGUUGCCUUGUAUCGAUACAGCAAUACAGCUCUUCCAUGCCUUUGUUGUUUUCCUCUCUGCUAUUUCUUUUAUCUUGCAGCUGCAAGAUCUUCUCUCAGCGUUGCUUGGUUCUGUUAAAGGGCUGAGAGGGCAGUCAGAGCUCUGAUUCCCUUGCCCUGGGGUGGAGCUCAAAUGUUUGUCAUAACUUUUGUGCUCUUCAACCAAAUAUUCUGUUAACCUUUUUUUGGAUACAUGUUGUCUCAUUUCUCCUCUUUCUUGUCUAUUGUGUGUUCUCCCAGGUAAUUUUUUUCUUGGAGAAGUGCUCAUUUAUUACUGUGUUUCUUUGAGCAGCCAAGAUUGUGCAUCUAGAAAUGCUGGGAAACUGGCACAGCUGUAACCCAGAAGACCUCAGAAAUGGAAAGGUGGAACUGCAGAGAAAAAUGAAACUGUCUUUUGGAGCUGUGAUUUAUACUGCGUGUUUCUUAAAUCACUUCCAUCGAGCUAACCCACAAAUGACCAUGAAAUUCAAUGUUUUCCCCCAUAACGUUCUCUUCAGAUGAUCAGUCUUUGCUGUCCGUGCAGCAUGUAGUGGUAAUACAAGAAAUGAAUUCCCUCCAUCUAGUGAAAAGGCAGCUCACUGCACUGCACUCCAGCCAUGCUUGAUUUUUGUUGCUUAUCUGGGGAAGAAGGGGGGAUAAAGGCAGAGAUUAGCUUGCUAAUAACACGUUUACUUCAUGUCACAGCAUUGCAAGCUAAUUACAGAUGUGGUGGACAGGAUUAACCAGCUUUAAAUCCUUCGUCAAAAAUUGGCAGGGCAGGCCCUGGAGGGCUCUGGUAUGGCCUGUUUGAACAAGGGUCUGCCCUUGUGAGGCAGGAAUGUGAAAAGCACAAGGAUUCCUACAGAAGACGUUCGCUGCCUGUGUGCUGGUGUGCCUGCUAUGCUUGACUCACCCACCUUUGGGUGCCAUCACCUGCAAUUAGCAGGCACUUGCGGUUCUUAAUUGAAACACAGGCAGGGAGAGCUCUUGAGAAGCACUAGAAUGGUUUGGAGCAAGAACCAUAACACCUCAUGUAAUGACAGCACAGGAUGAGCUCUGGUCAGUGGCUGGAACUACUGCUUUUUGCAGGCCAGUGUGGCAAUGCUUAUUUAGAGUAACCCCGUGUCAGGUGUGGUCUGGGGUGUAUAGGGUAUGUGAGAAUUACCUGAGAAGGGGCUGAUAGCCUGGUAAGUCUUCACUUUUUUAAAGUGAGAACUGGCUGCAAGCACAGGAUCCUUGCUGCUUGGGGCUACCCUGUGGUAAGAGCCUCCAGCAUGCUGUUUGUCUUGGGG